AGUUGUUUUAGUUUCCGAUAGCAAAGGGCAAAUGUUUUAAGGUGGUGUGCUCCCAGUCGCAGUUCCCAUGGAGCGAACCUCCUCUUCUUAGCAAAAGGUUCCCUCUGAGAGUAAAUGGGUUUAGCGCUGAGAAGCAACAGCGCAAGCAUGAGAUAUUAUAUGUCCACCACCCAUUCACUCCCCUACUCACACUCUCCUCUCUCAUUCCACUCCUGCUCUGUCUCACACCCACACCGCUUCAACGUUCAAUCAAUGGCGGUCAAAAGGGUCCGCUCUGAGCUCCAAGUAAAAGUCAACGGCUCUCUCUCCGCUGCUGACUCCGACCAACUCUUCCUCGACCGCCAAAAAGCACUGGAGGCGGCGAUGAAUGAUAUCAAUAGCUCAUUCGGCAAGGGAAGUGUUACAAGACUAGGAAGCGCUGGCGGAGCUUUGGUUGAAACUUUCCCCAGUGGUUGCUUGACAUUGGACCUUGCCUUAGGUGGCGGCCUCCCAAAAGGGAGAAUUGUAGAGAUAUUUGGACCAGAAAGUAGUGGAAAGACAACUCUAGCACUCCAUGCAAUCGCAGAGGUGCAGAGGCUUGGAGGAAAUGCUAUGCUUGUUGAUGCAGAACAUGCCUUUGAUCCAGCAUAUUCAAAAGCAUUGGGAGUAGAUGUAGAAAAUCUGAUUGUCUGCCAGCCUGAUCAUGGCGAAAUGGCACUUGAGAUUGCAGAUCGUAUGUGCAGAUCUGGUGCCAUUGAUCUUAUCUGUGUCGAUUCUGUCUCGGCUCUCACUCCACGAGCAGAAAUUGAAGGUGAGAUCGGGAUGCAACAAAUGGGUUUGCAAGCACGCCUUAUGAGCCAAGCUUUGCGCAAAAUGUCAGGAAAUGCAUCUAAAGCUGGAUGUACUCUCAUAUUCUUGAAUCAAAUAAGAUAUAAGAUUGGUGUGUAUUAUGGGAAUCCAGAAGUGACAUCUGGAGGAAUUGCAUUAAAGUUCUUUGCCUCAGUUCGCCUGGAAAUACGUUCUACAGGGAAAAUAAAAUCUGUAAAAGGAGACGAGGAAAUUGGGGUUCGGGUCCGUGUACGAGUGCAAAAGAGUAAGGUUUCGAGGCCAUACAAACAAGCUGAAUUUGAAAUUGUGUUUGGAGAGGGAGUAAGUCAAUUGGGUUGCAUUUUGGAUUGUGCUGAAAUGAUGGAUGUAGUAGUGAAGAAGGGCUCUUGGUAUAGCUAUGGGGACCACAGGUUGGGACAAGGAAGAGAUAAAUCAUUGCAGUACUUGAGAGAGAACCCUGUUCUUCUUGAUGAGAUAGAGAAGAUAGUUCGCUCCACAAUGACAGAUGCAACUGGACAGGUAGGCUCAUUGCACACAAGGAACUUGCCAGUAACACAUCAGGAUGAAGAUGAUUUUGAAGAUGUCCAAUGAGUAGAAACAGAUUUUGGUAUUAUCACUGUUUUCUACACUGGAUUAAGGCAUCUACAGUGCUGGGGGAUUGCAAAGAAGCAGCACCAAUUGGCAGCUCCAUGGUGUAUCGGUGUUUGACAAGUUGACAUUCAAUGUCUACCUUUAAUUCAGUUCCUUUCGCAAGGAUCGUUGGUAGAGAUAUUAAGGGAAUGAUUUUAUGGGAAAAGAGAAGAGUGGGGUUGCUUUGUAUUAUGUUCUCAACGAUCAGGCCCGCUGUUAUCAUUCUCAUCUAGGAUGUAAUUUUAUGAAUAUGGAUGUAGUUACUUUGACAUGACCUUGAGAAGUAAUCAGAACAGUAAACAAGAAGUACUCCAUUCCACAAUUAUUGAUAAGAAAUAUCAAUGAGAAGUUUCAAAAUGA